AGGAGAGUGAAGAUAUGGCUUAUCCAGAAGCAUGCAGAAUUAAAACCGAACACACUGACGAACAAACAGACUUGAUGGAAAUGAAAGAAGAAAGUAAAGAACCUAUUGAAGUGAAAGAGGAAAAUCAAGAACCUAUAGAAGUGAAGGAGGAAAGUCAAGAACUGAAUGUAAUGGAGGAGGAAGGUCUGUAUCAGAAUCCUGAUCAUUUCAUAACUGGAGAAACAUCUUUUAGUUGCUCACAGACUGAGAAGAAUUCCUCACAAAACAAAACUCAUGCCAAAAAUUCCUUCACAUGCCUUCAGUGUGGAAAGAGUUUCACAAAGAAAGGAAGUCUUAAAAGACACAUGCUAAUUCACACUGGAGAGAAACCUUUCACAUGCCUUCAGUGUGGAAAGAGUUUCACACUGAAAGGAAAACUUAACAUGCACAUGAAAAUUCACACUGGAGAGAAACCUUACACAUGCAUUCAGUGUGGAAAAAGUUACAUAGACAAAUUAGGCCUUAAAAGACACAAACAAUUUCACACUGGAGAGAAGCCUUUCUCAUGCCUUCUAUGUGGGAAUAGUUUCAGGUGUAAAGGAUCCCUUAAUGCGCACAUGAGAAUUCACACUGGAGAGAAACCUUUCAUGUGCCUUCAGUGUGGAAAGAGUUUCACAGAGAGACAACAUCUUAAGAGACACAUAAGAAUUCACACUGGAGGGAGCAUUUUUACAUGUCCUCAGUGUGGAAAGAGUUUUACACAGAAACAAAAUCUUGAGAGACACACAAUAAUUCACACCGGAGAGAAACCGUUCACAUGUCCUCAGUGUGGAAAGAGUUUCACACAGAAAGAAAGUCUUCAGAGACACAUAAGGAUUCACACUGGAGAAAAACCUUUCACAUGCCAUCAGUGUGGAAGGAGUUUCAAACAGAAAGCAAUUCUUGACAACCACAUGAAAAUUCAUACUGGAGAGAAACCUUUCACAUGCCAUCAGUGUGGAAAGUGUUUCACACAGAAAGGAAGUCUUGACAACCAUAUGAAAAUUCAUACUGGAGAGAAACCUUUCACAUGCCAUCAGUGUGAAAAGAGUUUUACUCUGAAACAAAAUCUUCAGAGACACAUAAAAUGUCACACUGCUGAUUAGCCUCUAAAAUUCCUUAAAUGUGGCAAUAGUUUCAAGAGUAAAGAACACCUUAACGUGCACUUGAGAAUUCACACUGUAGAGAAGCCUUUCUCAUGCCGUUAAAGUGGAAAGAGUUUCAGUCGGUCACACACCCUUAUACAACAUGAGAGAGUGCAUUUUGCAGAGAAGCUAUAACAGUGUCCUUCAUGUUUCCACCAUUUAUGGUCUUUAAAGGUGCACUCAGUAAGUUUUUAGCUGACUCUUAUUCGUUGCAAUAAUACCAGUGGUUGUGAAUUUUAUACUUAUUGUCAUGGAUGCACAAAAUGUAUUAACUGCUGCCUUAUUAACUUAAUUUUUGUCUUUUGUUUUUCUCCAUCUCAUACUACACGCAUCUGUAUAGUGAAUAUUCUCGGAUUAAAUCCAAACGAAAUUUCAUGCAUGGUUGCGCAUUGGACUGUGACUGGACUGCCACAUCUCACAAGCUCACUCGUGCUUGAUGUCGUGCUUUUUAUUGUGGCGUUAGAGCUGCAGGUUGGAACGGUUUGUUUCAUGACUCCAGCAGGGACCUCUUGUUUUGACAUUUUAUCUUUCCACUUGCACUUAAUCUAUAGUGAUGUCCAAUUUGUGGACGAAUCGUUCUUUUGAACCGGUUCUUUUUAGUGAACGUGUUGAACCAGUUCACCAAAUCGGACUGAAUCGUUUGAAACAUUUCGCGUCUCAAGUCGCCACUGAUCCACAAGUUACUCUAUCUUAACCUGUCUCUCGGACAUGCCUGACACUCCGACUCUAAAUGAGCCGAUAACUGGGAGUAAUAUGAUCCUAGAACUGGUGUCAUCUGCUUUUUCUAACUCGUCUUUGCAAUGAACCACUCCAACAAGGUCACAAAUCGGACUGAACGCUCCAGUCACAACAGUUCUUGAGACAGCAGUACAGUGAGUCGCUCAUAACAGUUCUCGAUUCAACGGUACACUGAACUGAGAAUCGCCUCUUUCGUAGGUGUUCAGCGUACUGAGAACUGAUGAGCUGUUGACCAUUGUGCAUGCGUGUGGUUAAGGGGAGAAAUUUAUGUUUCAGGUGUUUUUUGAAGUAUAAACAAAUAAAACAUACUGGAAAUAUGUUUAUAUCUUGAUUGUAUUACCGUUUUUUCAACGUAUGAAGAUGAUCCAGUCUACAGCUCUCGAGUCAACAGUACACUGAUCCGGGGAGAGCAGCUCUCAAAUCAACAGUACACUGAUCCAGGGACAGCAGCUCUCAAAUCAACAGUACACUGAUCCGGGGACAGCAGCUCUCUCGUCAGCAGUACAUCGAGUCGAUCACAGCAAUUCACGAGUCACCAGUACACUGAAUUGAGAAUCACCUCUUUCGGACAUAAUACUGAGAACUGCUGAUCAGUGAGCUGUCGAUGAGCAUGCAUGAACCAAGGACUUGAAUGAGGGGGCAAAACAUUGCAAUCAAGAGAUGUAAAGGAAGUUUACUACGGAGUAUUGUGCAUGCAGAUUAUAUUUUAAUUUGUUAUGAGGUGGAUCAUGGUUUCUGUAAGUUAAUUAAGACUAGUUUAAUCACUUUAUAUGCUUUAGACACGUACUGUAGAACAGCCGCGUUUGUAUAUCAGUUUCAGUAUUGGGUGCUUUAGGUGCAAAACUUUAAUGUAGGCUGUAUUGUAAAAUCACUGAAUGACACACUGACAAUAAACACCCUUAUUAUUAUAACUUUAUUAAAUAAAAUGUAAAAAUCAGCAAUAUGAGCUUACAUAUGGCUUUAUUGAAUGUGUUUGAGACCUCAGCCAAGACCUCAGAAAAAAAAUUGUGGACCUCCACAAGUCUGGUUCAUCCUUUAGAGCCAUUUCCAAAUGCCUGAAGGUACCACAUUCAUCUGUAAAAACAAUAGUAUGCAAGUAUAAACACUACAGGACCAUGCAGCCUUCAUACCGCUCAGGAAGGAGAUGCAUUCUAUCUCCUAGAGAUGAACGUAGUUUGGUGCGAAAAGUGCAAAUCAAUCGCAGAACAACAGCAAAGGACCUUGUGAAGAUGCUGGAGGAAACGGGUAGACAAGUAUCUACACUACCGCUCAAAAGUUUUGAAACACUUGUCUGAUGUUUCUCAUGAUCUUAAAAAUCUUUUGAUCUGAUGGCGUAUGCUUAAAUGUUUGAAAUUAGUUUUGUAGACAAAAAUAUAAUUGUGCCACCAUAUUAAUUUAUUUCAUUAUAAAACUAAAAUUUAAUUUAAAAAAAAUCAAAGUUUUUGAAAUGGAUGACUUGGACCAAAUAAUAAAGAAAAGCAACCAAUAAGUGCCCAACAUAGAUGGGAACUCAUUCAAUACUGUUUAAAAAGCAUCCCAGGGUGAUACCUCAAGAAGUUGGUUGAGAAAAUGUCAAGAGUACAUGUCUGCAAAUUCUAGGCAAAGGGUGACUACUUUGAAGAUGCUAAAAUAUAACACAGUUUUGAUUUAUUUUGGAUUUUGUUUAGUCACAACAUAAUUCCCAUAGUGCCAUUUAGGUUAUUCCAUAAUUUCGAUAACUUUACUAUUAUUCUAAAAUGUGAAGAAAAAAUAAUUAUAAUAAAGAAUGAGUACGUUUUGACCGGUAGUGCAAAACUUUUGACCGGUAGUGUAUAUCCACAGUAAAACGAGUCCUAUAUCGACAUAACCUGAAAGGCUGCUCAGCAAGGAAGAAGCCAAUGCUCCAAAACUGCCAUAAAAAAUGCAAGCGCACAUGGGGACAAAGAUCUUACUUUUUGUAGAAAUUUCCUCUGGUCUGAUGAAACAAAAUGGAACUUUUUGGCCAUAAUGACCAUCGUUAUGUUUGGAGGAAAAAGGGUGAAACUUCCAAGCCGAAGAACACCAUCCCAACUGUGAAGCAUGGGGGUGGCAGCAUCAUUUUGUGGGGGUGCUUUGCUGCAGAAGGGACUGGUGUACUUCACAAAAUAGAUGGCAUCAUGAGGAAGGAAAAUUAUGUGGAUAUAUUAAAGCAACAUCUCAAGACAUCAGCCAGGAAGUUAAAACUCGGUCGCAAAUGGGUCUUCCAAAUGGACAAUGACCCCAAGCAUACCUCUAAAGUUGUGGCAAAAUGGCUUAAGGACAACAAAGUCAAGGUACUGGAGCAGCCAUCACAAAGCCCUGACCUCAAUCUGAUACAAAAUUUGUGGGCAGAACUGAAAAAGCAUGUGCAAGCAAGGAGGCCUACAAACCUGACUCAGUUACGCCAGUUCUGUCUGGAGGAAUGGGCCAAAAUUCCAGCAACUUAUUGUGAGAAGUUAGUGGAAGGCUUCCCAAAACAUUUGACCCAAGUUAAACAAUUUAAAGGCAGUGCUACUGAAGGGGUGGAUGCCUGGAUAUAUAUAUCCUUUGAGUGAAUUAAAUUUAAACUGAUCCUUUUGAACUAAUGAUUUAUUAUUCUAAGUAUCUUAAUAUAUGUUCUUUGUGGUGUUAUGCUCAUACAAGCAGUUUGAGACCAUUCUUUAUCUGUCUUCAUGCUUUAGGAGACAGUGUGUCUUCUGACUAAGAGGCCUAGGUCACGUAGGCCGCUUCUCUAGUGUCUACAUUGAUUAUGAAUGUUUCUGCCAAGUUAACAAGAAUACAAUUUCAGCUCUCCUGAGAGAAAGUACAGUUAUCUCUAUGUUUUAAGUUCCAAUAAGAUAAGACCAGUCUCCAACAGAAACCUUGAAUAGGAGAAACUGUGUGUGUUUCUCCAAAAGUAUUUCUGUUUCAGGAAUUCACUAAAGUGAGAAUAGCAGUCGAGAGGUGGACAACUGGACCUCAGAGACCUACUAUUGUCUAUAAAGGGAAGACUGUCCGUGGCCUAUGUCCUGACUCGGACCAUUGGAUCCUAUAUACAGAACUAAAGUGUCAUGCCAACAAUCAGUGAGAUAAACAAUGGACACGAUGACCAUGUCCAGAAUUGUUCUAUAGUUAUCAAUGCUUGUAACCAAUCAGAAUUCUAGAAGCUAUAGCAUUAACGUCAACUUGAUGCUGUAUCUGACUAUAAGUAUUGAUGUUUUUGGACCUGGAUUCUCCUGUCUUCGAACUCAGAGGCUUUUGUACUGCUGACUUCUGCCAUUUGAUUUUGCAAACAACUGUCUUCAGUAAAACUAAUUUGAUUGACACAUCGACUUCAAUAAAAUGGAUUAGUGAUCAUAACUGACCUAAAACGGACUGUUUUCUACGAUUAAAUGUUAGGAAUUGUGAAAAACUGAGUUCAAAUGUAUUUGGCUAAGGUGUAUGUAAACUUCUGACUUCAACUGUAUAUGUUUACAAUCUUAUGAUUACAUAUAUAUACAUAUAUUUUAGAGAUGUGCCCGAAGCCGAAUACCCUAUCCGGAAAGGCAUGAAUAAUGACUUCAAAACAAAUAAUGGAUUCAUCCGAAUAAUAUAAAAAAUAUUUGUAUGACUGAUUAUCGAAGAAGCACAAGGAUAAAGUGACAUUUUUUAAAUAAACAUAUCCAAAAUUACAAUUACUUUAUGAAUCUGUGCAGCCAAUAUUUCUAAAGUGUAAACCUUAUGAAUGAAAAUGCACACGUUGUUAUUUCAGAUUGGAUGGGCGCGGUCUCGACUCCGUUUGUGAUCUCUGUUAAUUGUGCAUCUCUGGAGCUUAUCAAGUGUAACAUUAUCUAAGAUAUGACAUCAUUUACACUUUCCAUUUCUUGAAAUGUCUGUUAAUGUAUCACACGAUUCACACGUGAUUCCCAUGUAUUUAUUUAUAGCCUAAACCUGAGUGCAAUGUUAAAUUCCUGACCUGAAGUGAUGAUUUCACGUCGGAGCUCGUCUAUCUGUCUAUCAGUUAAUCACAUUUAUAUCCACAUCAGAGAUUAAGGUUAUUAAUUGGUUAAGACUUUAUUCCGAAAUAAGUUAAAAUGCUUUAUAAAGGUUUAAAUGCUUCAUAGAGUAUUCAUCUAUUCGGAAUAUUCCUACUUAUGUAAAACGAAGAAACUGAAACAUGCUCCGUCUUUUUUUUUUUCUUCUUCAUCUUUAAACUGUGCUACAUUUCAGAACGUUAAGUGUUCUUCUUAUUAUUGUAAGUAUUGUAUGUAAAUGAUUAAUAGUGUCCUAUCGUAACAAUUCCUAACAGACUUAUGGGACUUUCAUCUAUUUGUAGGCUAUAUUGAUUUAUUUUCAUUUCUUUUCAUGUUUGAAUUUUUAUUUAUUAUUCACUGUAAAAUAUGUGAUUGAUAUUUCACAUUUUGCUUGACACCUCAAGAAUAAUGUUGCUUUACAUGCACAGACAAACGAAAAUUCAAGUUUCAUGCAGAUAUUAAUAUCUGAAAUACCAGGCGAAACCAAAGCUAACAACAUAUUCCACAGUUAAUGUAGCCUACAUGUAAUGUAGCAGUGUAAUUUCAGAAGACAUUAGUUAAUCCACUGGAGUUGUAUGGAUUACUUUUACGAUGGCUAUAUGUGCUUUUUGGAGCUUCAAAUUUGGCACCCAUUCACUUGCAUUUUAUGGACCUAUAGAGCUUAAAUAUUCUUCCAAAAAUCUUUGUUUGUGUUCAGCUGAAGAAAGACAGACAUACACAUCUGGGAUGGUGUCACGUUUAUUUUUGUUUUUGUUCAUUUCAUUCAUUUGUUCAUUUCAUUUUUCAUUCAUGUUCUUCAUUUAGUCAUGUCUUUUAUUUUAACAUUUGUUUACUUCCUGGUCUGGUCACAUGUCUUGUCAUGCGAUUUCCUGUUCCCCUCAUGUGAUCCCUCUUGUUCAUGUGUUUAUUGGUUUGGUUCAUUGCCUUGUUAUCCGUUCUGUUUUAUCAUUUGUUCAUGUGUUUAUUGUCUUGUUAUCAGUUUUCUAUUUUUAUUAGUUGUCAUCUAGUCUCUGUAAGCCCUCAUGUUAGCCAAUGUUUCUUGUCGAGUAUUGUGGAUGUAAUGUCGUUGUUCUUAGUAAUGUUAUUAGGUUUGGUUCUUGUUAUCUUGUUUUCAUAGUCAUAGACUCAGUCAUGGUCAAGUCUGGUUUAGUUGUAGUCAUGGUUCAUGUUUCUUGAUUUAAUUUCUAGUUUUCUUAUGAUACUUUCACAUUUUGGAUUUAUCGUUUUGCACAUUUGAUUUAAUAAACUGCACUUGGGUUCUCACACUUCAGCUACUUCAUCUUCAUCUGUUCCUGUCUUCAGCCUGCAACGUUACAGAAUACUCGACCAAUCAUCAUGAACCCAGCAGUUCGCCUCAUCCAUUUACACCAGGGGAAUGGUCCCCUCGAGGACUAUGUUGCUGAGUUUUGUGAUCUCAGUUGUUAGGUGGACUUUAAUGAGAUCGCCCUCAAGGACAUUUUUCAGGCAGGCUUGAAUGAGCCCGUCUACUCCAUGAUGAAUGGUGGUCAGAUAACUUUAAAUCUGGAUCAAUACAUUGAUUUUGCCUUGCAACUUAGCGGUUCAUCUUUCACUGUAGGAGUGGCUGAUGAGGAACUUUGCACUCCUACAGUGGCCACCAUGUCAGAGCCGUCCACCAUCAUGGCCACAAAGGGUCACGAGCCAGCACCAUGCCUGCCACGGACCACAAGCCAGCGCCCACACCUGCCAUGGACCACGAGCCAGCACUCAUGCCUGCCACAGACUACAAGCCAGCGCCCACACCUAUCAUGCCAAGCCAUGUUGUCACGCCUGCCAUGCCAAGCCAUGUUGUCACGCCUGCCAUGCCAAGCCAUGUUAUCUCACCAUGUCAAGCUGCCACGUCUGACCCACCAUGCCAAGUUGCCACGUCUGACCUGCCAUGCCAAGCUGCCAUGUGUGACCCACUAUGCCAGACCACCUUAACCCCUGGGUCUCCACCUACAUUGGCUCCGCCCCCUGGGUCUCCAGCUGCUCUGCCCUCUGAGAGUCCAGCAUGCCUUCCCUCUGUGUGUCCAGCAUGCAACGCUGCCUCGCCAUGCCACACUAUCUCGUUAGGCCCUACUCCACAGCCCACGUCUGUCUUGUCUGACCCUGCUCCACUGCCAAUGUCUGUCUCGCCAGGCCACGCUCCACGCCCUGUCUUGCCAGACCAUGCUCUACGCCCGCCGGAUCCACUGUGGUUUCCUGCUGCAUCGCCUGGACUGCCCUUGUCUCCGGGCCAUCCACCUGCUCCGCCCUUGUCUCCAGCGCCAUCUGGUCCCCUGUGGUCUCCAGAGCCAUCUGGCCCCCGUGGUCUCCAGCGCUGUCUGACCCCCAUGAUCUUCAGCCCCAUCUGGUCCCCCAUGGUCAAGGUCUGGCAUUGCCCCAAGAACCCCGCCCCUCCAACUCCCUGUUGAACUCUUGUUUGUUUUAUGUUGAUUGUUGUGCAUUGGGAGCCACCCGUUGAGGUGGGGAUAUGUCAAGUUUAUGUUUGUUUUUGUUCUUUUCAUUCAUUUGAUCAUUUCAUUUUUCAUUCAUGUUCUUCAGUUAGUCAUGUCUUUUAUUUUGACAUUUGUUUACUUCCUGGUCUGGUCAUGUGUCUUGUCAUGCAAUUUCCUAUUCCCCUCGUGAUCCCGCUUGUUCAUGUGUAUAUUGGUUUGGUUCGGUUCAUUGUCUUGUUAUCAGGUCUGUUUUAUCAUUGGUUCAUGUGUUUAUUGUCUUGUUAUCAGUUUUCUAUUUUCAUUGGUUGUCUUGUUAACUUGUUUACCUAGUCUCUGUAUUUAAGCCCUCAUGUUAGCCAUUGUUUCUUGUCGAGUAUUGUGGAUGUAACAUCAUUCUCUUUUCAUAGUCAUAGGUUCAGUCAUGGUCAAGUCAAGUCCAGUCCAGUUUAGUUGUAGUCAAGGUUCAUGUUUCUUGUUUUGAUUUCUAAUUUUCUUUUGAUACUUUCACUUUUUGGAUUUAUUGUUUCACACAUUUGAUUUAAUAAACUUCACUUGGGUUCUCACA